AUGCUUCGCACAACUUCUGUGCUUCAAGGAGGAAUCCCACGAAAUGAGAGGUCCACCUACAACACGACGUUAAUUAGCUACACGACAAAACUUCUUGAUACAAUACUCCUGAACCAGGAUAAGAAAUUUCGACCCACAAAUCCAGAUUCUUCACCACUGAAUGUUGAAAUCGACAUCAGCGUUCGAAGUAUGGGUCCAAUCUCGGAGCAGGACAUGGAAUUUUCGCUCGACUGCUAUUUUCGUCAAAAAUGGCUUGAUCGAAGGUUGGCGUUCACUCCAAUAAAUCCAGAAAAACCAGUAAUGCCACUUGCCAGUAAAAUGCUCAAAGAUAUAUGGGUUCCCGACACCUACAUCCGAAACGGUCGCAAGUCUUACCUUCACACACUUACCGUACCCAAUAUUCUCUUUCGAGUAAGGUCCGAUGGUCAAGUUCAUGUCUCACAAAGAUUAACAAUACGAUCGAAAUGUCACAUGUUUUUAAGGAAAUUCCCAAUGGAUGUACAGGCUUGUCCCAUCGAAAUCGGAUCAUUAGGAUACUUCACGGACGAUGUCGUAUAUAACUGGAAAGAUGUGGAAUUGGAUGCGAAAAUGGGCAACAUGCUAUCACAGUAUAAAAUUUUGAAUCAUUUCAAGUCUGAGCAUAACUUCUCGGAUUUUCGUUAUCCGAACAGAAAUAUCUCCGUACUAAAGGUCUAUUUCAAGUUGCAACGUCAACAGGGAUACUAUGUCCUACAAAUUUAUACUCCAUGUACUUUAUUGGUGGUGAUGUCUUGGGUAUCUUUCUGGAUUAACAAGGAAGCUUCACCAGCUCGAGUGGCCCUAGGAAUUAUGACCGUUUUAUCUAUGUCUACUCUUGGAUUUGGAUUACGGACGGAUCUACCAAAAGUCUCACACUCAACAGCAUUGGACAUUUAUAUUUUAAGUUGCUUCGGAUUUGUUUUUGCUGCAAUGGUUGAAUAUGCUGUCAUUAAUUAUGCGGCCAUUGUAUAUAUCAGAAAACAAGUCCACGAUCUAAAAGGACUUGAAUCAAAUCGAGCGAUGGAAAAAAUGCGAAUGUUCACCGCUGGAUUGAUGGGUGCACGUCGCGAUACACUUGUCACAGAGGAUCUUGCACUGGCUGAAGUUGACGACGAUGGACCGUGGUAUUCUUGUUUUUUGAAGAAAAAAACGCCUAAAACAUCAUCGAUGUUCUACCGUAUGGCAGUGAAAGCAGCGAAAGCACGAAGAAAACUAAAAAUGAGGGAUCCGGCAAGGGUUGUGAAUCGUAUCGACAACGUAUCAAAAGUGAUCUUCCCUUCAUUGUAUAUACUCUUCAACGUUAUCUACUGGAUUGCAUUCCUGUAUUGGAUCCCGGACGAAGUUGAUCAAAUCCUUGCGUUACCGGAAAAGAAGUGA